AUGGAUCCUUUGGAUGCCCUAGAGGAGAACCAUUACGAUGCCCCAAACGCACCUAUCUCCAAUUACAAUCCAACGGGGACGACACAACAAUCGAGCUCUGACAGCAAUGCCGGCUUACGACGGCAACCACAUAUGUCUCAAGCGCACACUUUCACUUAUCAACGUAGCCCCUUGGAGACAUUGAGUGAAGAGACACAAUCGGUUCCUCCCCUCAAUGAAACCGUUACCACAAUUUCCACAAACCAAGUCCCAUUUCAGAUGCAACCAAAUACCAUAUUACUGAGUCAACUGUAUCCAGAAGUAGUACCAGUCAGCAAUCAAAAUAAAGCUUCAUUAGUGUAUCCUUCAACCCAAUUCGUGCAAAACACAACCGGCAAUGCUUUUCACCGCCUACGACCUAAUAUGUCGCACUCACCACCAAAAGCAAAACGAAAGAGGAAGAACAGACCGGGCAAAAAGUUUGGAGCUCGAAAGAGGUCUUGGGUGUGGUCCUGGUUCAAGCAAGAUGCCAAGAACCCAAAUAUUGCGGUUUGCAAUACUUGUUUGCGAGCUAUUGUUCGGGUGUCUUCUGAUAAAGGGUCACCGAAAAAGUUACUAGAGCAUUUAAGGACUCAUGGAAUUACAGCGGGGACACGAAAUAGUCCUGCUGACAGACAAACCGGUGAUGGCGAUGACCAGACAAGAUGUAGCAGUACGACCCAACACUUUCAGCCAAGAAGUUUUACAAGACAGGAUCCACCAUCUGGAGAAAGUGAAGCUCACGUGGGGCAGCGCAUGCACCUAAUCCGAAACGAUGCAUACCACACAAGAGCAUUCCACCAGCAUUUGUUAUCUUUCCUAAUCGAAAAUAAAUUACCCAUAAAUAUCAUCAGAUCAAGACAAUUUCAUCAAGUUGUACAAGAUUUACGAUUGGAAGCAAUACCGGACUUGCAAGAGUUGCUAUAUCUAUACGAUUCCUUUGUACAAGUGAGCCAAUUCGGGCCCAAUACACAUUUCUCUACUACUGCUGAAGAGAGUGCCGCCAUGGCACUACUAUCCGAAGCUCUACAUAGACACUAG